AGCAGCGCUACAGAUAGAAAUAAAACGAAUAGGACAAUUUACCACUUUUAUUAAGUUUUCCACAUUAAAACGGAGUGCUAUCUGAAUGAAAAGGUGUCUUCAACCUAGUAAUCAGUUGGUCUUGCGGUUUAAAGAGUGAAAGGUAGUCCCUGUUUGUACCACACUGAGCAUGGACCACAGAACGCUUAGGAGAGAGCCAAGAAUGCUGAACACGAGGCUCGGAAUAGCAGGACAUCUAGACUGAUGGCGGCGGUAACGGUGUUGCGUCACGUCAGUGCUAGUCCUCUGCUAUGGGGCUGGGGGCCUGUUCUCUUCGUCCUGUUGAGCUCGGUGUUGGUGCUGCUACUUCCUCUGGUGGGUGUGGAGGAGAAUUGCUGCACCCAACUGACGGGGUUCUCUCUGUUGCGCUGUCAGCUAUGGGGAAACACACAUCGUGCUGUGGGGCACUCGACCAGCCUUACUGUACCCUACACUGCACUCCAACUCCUACCUCAAAAGUCCAAGCCCAGUAAAGAGUCACUGUUGGAGGCGAAGGUAGCUCUCCAGCAGGCCCUGGAGAUGAAGAAACAGGGAAAAAGAGAGAAGGCGCACAAACUUCUUGUCCACGCGCUCAACAUGAACCCAGACUUUGCGGAUGCCCUCACCGAGCUAGGCAUCAUCCUUGAGGAGGAGAAGGACGUGGUUCAAGCUGAGCACCUGUACAGCAAAGCGCUCGCCAUUUCACCCUGUCACCAGAGAGCACUGGUGAGCCGUGAUCGCACACUCCCCCUUGUGGAGGAAAUUGACCAGCGCCACUUCAGCGACAUCGACGCCAAAGUGCAACGGCUUAUGGCCAUCCCAAAAAGCAACUCUGCCCUUCGUCGCAUCCUAGAAGAGACAUAUUACCACCAUAUUUACCAUACGGUGGCCAUCGAGGGCAACACGCUGACUCUGUCCGAAAUCCGGCACAUAAUCGAGACCCGCUAUGCCGUGCCCGGGAAGAGCCUGCACGAGCAGAACGAAGCUAUUGGUGUUGAUGCUGCCAUGAAGUACAUCAACACCACUCUACUGUCACGUCCUGGUUCCAUCACGGUCAGCGAUAUCCUGGAGAUACAUCGGCGCGUACUGGGAUAUACAGAUCCAGUGGAAGGGGGGCGAUUCAGGGCAAGCCAGGUGUUUGUAGGCCACCACAUUCCACCGCAUCCGAAUGAUGUGGGGCGGCACAUGCAGGAGCUAGUGCAGUGGCUUAAUUCGGACGAAGCUCUGCACCUUCAUCCGGUGGAAUUCGCUGCGUUGGCACACUACAAACUUGUCUAUAUUCACCCAUUCAUAGACGGGAAUGGACGGACAUCAAGACUCCUCAUGAACCUAGUGCUGAUGCAGGCAAAUUACCCACCAAUCACCAUCAGGAAAGAGCAGCGGGCAGAGUAUUACACCGCCUUAGACACGGCCAACGAGGGCGACGUUCGGCCAUUCAUUCGGUUCAUUGCCAAGUGUACAGAGAUUACGCUGGACACACUCCUCAUAGCGACCACUGAACACGCAGUGGGUUUGCCUGAUGCUAGCAAUCAGGCUUGUCCCGACUGUAAACGGACUAUACCGGUGCAUAACUGAAGGGAUCGGCGAUUUAUAGAAUAGUCCUGACGUAAUCAAUGUCUGUGAGUUGUGGACCAUCAGUGUGCGUCGUUAUUAUAAUGAUUUAAUGAAACCUGUGGUUGGUCAUUCCAAGUUCCAACAAUUCAGCCACACAAAAACAAAAGAUUCAGUCCAUCUGCCAUUUAAAACAACACUCUAAGCCCGAAUCAUGCUGCCAUGUAAUAAUUUCAUGAUCAUUUGGUACUCAAAAGCAGUCCUGAAGAAUGCCUUAUGUAAGUUUGAAGUUUAUAUACAGGUUAGUUAUUUCCUUCUAAUUUCAACAUGACAUUCAUAAACACCUUUUUAGUUAAAGUUAGUUUUUA